AUGGCUAUAAGUGGAUGUGCAGCCAGAGUAAACGCUUAUGCACGCGAAACCUCCUUGACAUCCUCGAUAAUCGUAUUGCUGUGGGUUCUCCACCUGUUGGAGUCGUCUAUCACGAAUCAAAAGGGUAGUCUCAUCCGUCGCAUCCCAUCUUUCUUUGUGUUCCACUGCUGGAUAGCACAUUGCGCCAUCAAGACCCACAUGGCAAACCCUCCAAUUGGAAGGCCCCUGGCCGCGGAGAUUAACGGGGAGGGAAUGGACAGCAUCUCUAGACGACGCCAUCCGCCAAAUCGGGCCUUGACGACGGCGCAAGGAACCGGAUCCGAUCCCGCCCCCACUUAUAUGGACGGCCAGAGACGGUUUGCAACAGUAAUGGCGUUAGUAGAUACAUUCCGGGCUCCCCUCCCAAAGGUUGCACUGGGCGUAGACUCGGUCUGGGUUGCUGCUAAUUGA